AUGCAUGUGCUGGAGGGACACUACGAGUCUGUGUACAAUGCGAGUUGGCAUCAUGUGGUGGAAGUUUCUGACGACACGGAAAUGGGAAUGGAGGUGAAGGAGGGGAAACCAGCACAGUCAUGGAUGUACAAGGCGGUUGGCGACACUCUCGAAAAGGAUGACGGUGUGGAGCAAUCCGGUGCACCGCGUCUCAGGCUGAUGGUGCUCACCUCGGACAAGGGAUGGCCGUACACGUGGGAAGGGGGGGUGGAUGAAUUUAUUCCUGACUGCUAUGUGAACUGUGAGGUGGAGCGAGUGUGGCAGAUCGUCAGGAAGGAUCUCACCGCGUGGUUCAGCGGUCACUGUAAGAAAAAACUUUCGCCUAGGCGACGUGUGUUGAUUGGGACGCCCGGGAUCGGAAAGUCAAUGAAUGCCGGCUCUUACCUCCUUUACCAGCUGCUACACUACGAUGCGGAGCGACUGCAAAUGGUUGCUUACUGUUUUGGAGAUCGAAAAUUUCUCUUUGACAAGACCGCCAAAACGGUGAAAAAACACCGCGCGGCGUCUAAUAUCGUGGAUAUUUUGGACGGGUUUUCUGGGCGUGGUGUGAAAGGGUAUAUUAUCUACGAUAUGGCAUUGAAGGGUCAUCAACCGUCUAAUACUUUGCCUUGCGAGGGAUGGGGCAUGAUUGUGGUGACACCACCGAACAAAAACAACUACGAAUCGUGGGCGAAGCUGGUGGGAGCGGAACAAAUCAUAAUUAAUUGCCCUGACCAGAGCGAUGUGAAGGCAAUGUGCAUUUGGAAGGAGCACAAUGGGCAGCUUGAGGAGGAAGAAGAGGAAGAAGAGGAGGAAGAAGAGGAGGAAGAGGAGGAAGAGGAGGAGGAAGAAGCGGAGGAGGAAGAGGAGGAGGAAGAAGCGGACUACUGGAAAAAGGUGAAGGAUCGCAUGGAUAAAGUGGGACCACUUCUUCGCUACGUCUUUGAUCAGCGCAAAUACUAUGAUCGGAUUGACUCGUGCGAAAGUACAGUUAAAUCAAUGAACCUUUUUGAUACCAAAUAUUACUCUAUUUUGGGGAGUAAUGAAGUGUGUGAUGAUAAUCGCAUCUCUCACAAACUUGUAAGGGUCGUACGAGUACGAGGAGGAAAAAAAUCCGAAUUGCCUUUGAAUGCACUGGUAUCUUCCUAUCUCGGAAAUUUGGUGACAUGCAAUUUGGCGGAGUUAAUGGCGCCGAAUGAUUUUAUUUUACUCAUAUUGGCCCUCAAGGACGAUCUCUUAUCAAAAGCCCUUGAAAAGCAUUCAGUGUUUACUUUUUUGAGCGAGGCCUUUUUAAGUGCAAUAAUACCGAAACUCACGGAGCUGAAAGUAGAACAAAAUGCUCCGCCACAUCUCUGUGCGUUGAGAGAGCAUCCAAAUGAGCGCCCCCUCAAGCCCUUUCUUUUACGGUGCCUGAAAAAUCUUAAAAAGAAGAUUAAUAUAGAGCGUCGGGUGUUGUACAAACCGGUGGCCCAAAACUUUCCGCUGGUGGACGCCUUUUUCUUUGUGAACUCAAAUCCGAAGACGCUGGUUGGGCUGCGGAUGACUACGGCGAGUGAGCAUCACAUCAUACCCAGCACCGUGAGGCAGUUCAAUGAGCGUAUGGCUAAAUAUUUUAAUGGUUGGGAGAAAUUUUCUCGACAAUUGUCGUGGGAUAUUAUUUAUGUGCAGCACGCAGACAGCACGCCGAUGAAUGGCUGGCAGAGAUGUGGUCCCGUCAAUGCCAAUGAUUUGAGCGACGCUGAAAAAAAAAUUGUGGCGUUCUGGAAGGAAAAGGUGCGCCAGUACCAGGUGUCUGUAUCAUCCAGAGACCUUAUACGAAAAAAAGCUCUCCGAAGUGUGAAAGAACAACAAAAACAAAAAAAGAAACAGAUUAGGAAAUGA